UGAACGAAGCCUCCCUAUAUAAGCUCCCAAUAUAAGCUCCCAUUAAAUUAAAGCUUCAAUUUUCCAAUCUUUAAUCUCCUUUUCUCUCUCCUCGAAUUUCAGUUAAGCUAUACUUUGAGAAAAUUUGAUUGGUAUUUUCGGGUUUCCCCAAAUUCAUUGAUUUAACUAGGGUUAGGGUUUGGGAGAAAUUAAACAAUGGCUGCCGUCGAACAAAUUACUGAGGGCGUAAACAACUUGAGCGUUGUCGAUUCUGGAAAGAAGAAUCGAAUUCAAGUUUCCAAUACCAAAAAACCCCUUUUUUUCUACGUUAAUCUCGCCAAGAGGUAUAUGCAGCAACACAAUGAGGUUGAGCUUUCUGCUCUGGGAAUGGCUAUUGCUACAGUUGUAAGUGUUGCAGAAAUUCUCAAAAAUGGUGGGCUGGCUGUUGAGAAGAAGAUCAUGACAUCUACUGUUGAUAUAAAGGAUGAUUCAAGAGGUCAGCCAGUCCAGAAGGCAAAGAUAGAGAUUUUACUGGAGAAGUCAGCGGACUUCGACGAAAUCAUGGCAGCUGCUGCUGAGGAAGCUGAGGUUGCUGCUGUUGAAGAGCAGAGUUGAAGCAGAGGUUUUUCUUGUUUUGAUAGGGAUUUGUUUUGGUAGUAACCAAGAUAUUUUAAGUAGUUGUGUUCUUUCAUUAUAUAUGUCUAGGAAUUUAUUUUUCAAAUGAGCAUGUUGUCAAGUAUUUUUCCCCCAUUAGUGUAGGUUCUUAGAAAAGUUGUGAUCCUGAAAUCAGUUGGUCAUGUCAGAAUACUCUAAAUUCAGUUGCCUGGAUGUAAUCUUUUUUCUUGGGUCAAUGAGAUUGUGGGACAUAAUUUGUGCUUCUAUAUUUCAAAUGUUGUUGCCUGGCAUCUUAUUAUAGUGAUAUGGAUGGAGCUUGUUGAUC